AUGCUACCUCCCACCUGCCACCUGCCACCACGAGGCGGAAUCAACAUGCUUCAGCCUUCACAAGAUCGACGCAACGACUCGAGCACAAGCCCGGCCGAGAACAAGUGUACCAGCAGGGGUACGCUGCGAACCAAGCCAAAGCCAAAGCCGAAGCGCGAAUUGAGAACGAUCUACGCCGAGUCCUACAAGCCUCCUCCCUUACAAACCAAUCUCGACGACGUCACAGAAAGCGGGGGUUUGGGAUCCCUUGUUCUUGUUCCCCGACUCCCUGUCCCAAGCGUCAUGCAUACACGAACAAAGAAACCCGCAAUUAGCCCUAAGUCUAAACUCCGGCGUCACGAUAAGAUUUGCGGUGGGACCCGCGCCAAGACGAACCGGCAUCUGUCAGCAGGGAGUGUUGAGGGCCAAAGACCGAAUGGGAAUGCGGCGGCGAAUGAGAGGACAAAGAACCCGUCAAGUUUCAACGCGAUGGGCGCGCAAGGGGCUUCUGUGGGGGAUGCAGACUGGACUGUGAUUGAUGCACUGCGGCACUCCCAUGGAUGCAAGGGCUGUCAGCUGGUUGUAACUCGAUGCGGGUUCAAAACGAUCAAUCUGCAUCUGGCAUCUGUACUAGAGGCUUAG